AUGCUGCCGGCGCGCCUCCGCCCGGGGCGGCUGCUGUCCGCCGCGCCGCUCCGCCCGCCCGCGCCGAGGGGAGCCGCGACCGCCGGGGAUCCCGCCCGGAGCCCGGGCACCGCCCGCGCUGAGCAGGCUCACAGGGUGGUUGCAAGUUGCAAACCUUCUAAGUUUGACAAGAAAAUCCUCCUCUGGACCGGACGUUUCAAGACAGAAGAAGAGAUUCCUCUGAGGAUCCCGCCAGAGAUGAUAGAUAAGGCAAGAAACAAAGCCCGAGUGAAAGCCUGUUACAUCAUGAUUGGGCUCUCAAUUAUUGCCUGCUUUGCGGUGAUUGCCUCAGCUAAGAAGGCUGCCUCACGCCAUGAGUCCUUAACGAGCCUGAACCUGGCAAAGAAGGCCAAGUGGCGGGAGGAGGCUGCGCUGGCCGCGGAGGCGAAGACCAAGUAACUUCAUCUGAAAUCUGAAUGUCCUUGGAAGAGCAAAAUUAACUGCUGCUGAGAGCUAUUAGUGAGCUUUACCCCUAAAUGGACAACUGUAGUAUCCAUACCCUAGAGCCAGUAAGGGCAGCUACAGCAUCACAAAAAGAAAGCGAAUGGCUCUUUCAUUAGGAAGAUAUUCAGGAUAUUUGUUGCAUAUAAUUAAAGCUGUUUAGAAUGUUUUGCAUAUGAUUAAAAGCAGUAAUUAGUUUUAAAGGGGAUGAGGUAGUUUCCUAAGA